UUUCAGUGACAGGAGUUCAACCGGGAGCUCUUUACUGCUGUGAGUAUCCCGGCUCAGAACCAGCAAAUCCACGGGAUUAAGUUUAAUGUAAUCCCUGCAGACAGACACUUUAAAAACCCAUUAUCUUUUCAGCACUAAUCAGGUCGAAAGAAGUGCUAUUCAAGAUAAAGAAGGAACAGACAGCAGUUUUUAAUACCUAACGGGGAGCAGUUUUUUUUUUUUAAAGUUUGAAACACUUUAUAUUUGAUUUUGUUUUAUAUUAUUAUUUGAACUUUGUGGGAGUUUAAACUAGAAGGAAUAUGCCUCUCUCGAGAUCUCUCUCGAUGACCUCUCUGAAUGGAUUGCCCCAAUGGGAAGAUGAAGAUUUACCAGUGGAAGAUUUAUUGCUUUUUGAAGUUUCUUGGGAAGUAACUAACAAAGUUGGAGGAAUUUACACUGUAAUCCAGACCAAAGCGAAAAUCACAGUUGACGAAUGGGGAGAGAACUUUUUCAUGGUGGGUCCGUACUACGACCACAACGUGAAGACCCAGGUGGAACUGUGUGAGCCGCCCAACCCUGCCAUUAAGAAGGCCAUGGAUGCCCUGCGGUCCAAUGGCUGUCAGGUGUAUUUCGGCCGGUGGUUAAUUGAAGGCAGCCCGUACGUAGUCCUGUUUGACAUCGGUGCCGCUGCUUGGAACCUGGACCGCUGGAAAGGGGAAUUCUGGGAUGCGGCAGGCAUUGGGCUUCCCUUUCACGAUAGAGAAGCUAAUGACUCCUUACUCUUCGGGUCCCUAACAGCGUGGUUCUUUAAAGAGCUCACAGAUCAGUUUCAAGGGACACCGAGCAUCAUUGCCCAUUUCCACGAGUGGCAGGCGGGAGCCGGGCUAAUACUGUGCCGCUCCCGCAAGCUGCCCUUAGCGACCAUCUUCACCACCCACGCCACGCUGCUGGGGAGGUACCUGUGUGCCGGUAAUGCUGAUUUCUACAACAACCUGGACAAGUUCAACGUUGAUAAAGAGGCCGGGGAGAGGCAGAUAUACCACCGGUACUGCAUGGAGCGGGCUGCUGUUCACUGUGCACACGUCUUCACCACAGUGUCACAGAUCACUGCCAUCGAGGCUGACCACAUGCUCAAGAGGAAGCCAGACGUAGUCACUCCCAAUGGUCUGAAUGUUAAGAAGUUUUCGGCCAUGCACGAGUUCCAGAACCUUCAUUCCACGAACAAAGUGCGGCUUCAGGAGUUUGUCCGCGGACACUUCUACGGGCACCUUGAUUUCAAUUUAGAAAAGACCCUGUUCUUCUUUAUCGCCGGGAGAUACGAGUUUAUGAACAAAGGCGCUGAUAUCUUCUUGGAGUCGCUCUCCAGAUUAAACUUCCUGCUCAGGGUUCAUAAGCGUGAUGUCACGGUCGUGGUGUUUUUCAUUAUGCCAGCCAAGACGAACAACUUCAAUGUGGAAACACUGAAGGGACAGGCCAUCCGGAAGCAGCUGUGGGAUACUGCUCACUCAGUUAAAGAGAAAUUUGGAAAGAAGCUGUACGAUGCAUUGUUAAAAGGGGAAAUACCAGAUAUGAACAAGAUUCUUGACAGAGAUGACUUUACCAUCAUGAAAAGAGCCAUCUAUGGAACCCAGCGGCAGUCGCUGCCUCCAGUGACGACCCACAACAUGCUUGAUGACUCCACUGACCCCAUUCUGAGCAACAUCCGACGCAUUGGCCUCUUUAACAGCCGGACAGACAGAGUAAAGGUUAUAUUUCACCCGGAGUUCCUUUCUUCAACCAGUCCCCUGUUACCGAUGGACUAUGAGGAGUUUGUCCGUGGCUGCCAUCUGGGAGUCUUCCCCUCGUACUACGAGCCCUGGGGUUACACUCCUGGUGAGUGUACAGUGAUGGGGAUCCCCAGCGUCACCACCAACCUGUCUGGAUUCGGCUGUUUCAUGCAGGAGCACGUAGCCGACCCAGCUGCAUAUGGCAUCUACAUCCUGGACCGCCGGUUCCGCUCCGCAGAUGAGUCCUGUAAUCAGCUGACCCAGUUCAUGUUUGGGUUCUGCCAGCAGUCCCGGCGUCAGAGAGUCAUCCAGCGGAACCGCACCGAGAGGCUCUCAGACCUGCUGGACUGGCGCUACCUGGGCCGGUAUUACAUGCAUGCGCGGCACCUCACGCUGAGCAGAGCUUUUCCUGACAAGUUCAAGAUGGAUCCGACAGCCCCUCCACAGACGGAGGGCUUCCGUUUCCCCAGGCCGUCAUCAGUGCCCCCCUCCCCCUCGGCCUCCGUUCACUCAACCCCUCACCACAGUGACGAGGAAGAGGAGGAUGACGAGGAGAGGUAUGAUGAGGAAGAGGAGGCCAAGAAGGACAGGCAGAACAUCAAGGGGCCCUUCACCGGGGGGGAAGUCCCGCACGGGGAGUACGGGAGCGGAGAGCUACAACAUUAGUGCUACCUUUAGCCAGCUUACACUGCGGCUGCUGUGCAAAGCAUGACACACCUGCAGAGCCAGGACCCAGGGCUACUCGAUAUCCACUGCAUUCCCUCAAACUCCUUGCCUGUUUAACGUAGAAUGAUGUAUGUUCUGUGUGUUUCUACUGUAUAGUGCUGAGUCCAUAGCAAAGAAAGACUAGCAGAAACAACAAUAGAGAAAAACACAUCAUAGGAUGUUAAGCGGGCAAGACAAUGAAUAUUAGAAAAUUGUUGAUAAUCCAUACAAUGGACCCAUAUCGCCCAUUCAUUCUAACAAUGACGCUUUAACCAUUCGAUCUUUUCAUCAGUAGUCUUUGGUGACUUUAAUCUGUAUGUAAUUUGUAAAAAAAAAAAUUAAAAUUUAGUCGUCGCCAAUGGUUUUAUUUACCACGGUUUUCUCCCCAAUUUGGAAUGCCCAAUUAUUAUUUUUUUAUCCCGGUUCACCGCUGCACCCCCCCAGCGACUUGGGAAAAGGAGCACGAAAUAUACGUCCUCCGAAACGUGUUCCUGCCAAUCCGUCAUUUUUUGCACUGCGGAUUCACAGCGAACCCACCAGACCUAUAGUGCCAGAGGACAACACAGAUCUGAAUGGCUCCACUGCAGACCCACAGGCACCCUAUCAGCCACGGGUUGCUGGUGCAUGGUGAACCGUGGAUUGGCCUGCCGAACUAAGCCCUCCAUACCCGGGUGGCGCUAGGCCAAUUGUGCGCUGCCCCCUAUGAACCCCCGGUCAUAGUUGGCAAUGACGUAGUCUGGAUUGGAACCUGCGAUCUCCAGGCUAUAGGGCGCAUCCUGCGAUCCAUGCAGAGUGCCUUUACUGGAUGCACCAUACGGGAGCCCCCAAAAGUGGUUACUUUCUGUUAAUCUUUUGAAGAAAAAGUACAGAUAAGAUGCAAAGGGUUGAGAUAGUUUUAUAGGUUCUUCAAAAGGGUUGACUGAAACAAUUUUCCCUUCCAAAAUACCAUACCAAAAAGAAUGCAAUAAAUAAUGAAUAUGAGUGCAUGACAUGUGCAGGUCUGGCCUUUGUUAAGAAAUGUGUAGAUCUGGCCUUUGUUAGAAAUGUGUGGCUCUGGCCUUUGUUAAGAAAUGUGUGGCUCUGGCCUUUGUUAAGAACUUGCCGCCUUGGAGUAAAAAGAGCAAUCAAAUGAAGAGCAAUCAAAUAAAGAGCAACAGACUGAUUAAUAAAUGAA